AUGUUGCGGAAACAGCCCUCCUGUCUGGAGAGACUGAUGAGACUGGAUAUGGUACAACAUCAAGAUGCCUCUGACGGUGACGACGAGGGAGCUGUUUUGAAAACGCUUAAGUCGAGGAAGGCCACGUCGGCGUGGGAUAGCCAAAGCCAGGUAGUGAUUUCUACGUACAAUCAUGAGGACAUGCUCGACACUCACGACGAACCUCAUCAAGUGCCUGUCCAUGGCAUCUAUUUUGACAAGGUCUGGACAGUAGGAAAUGCCGGAUCAAAGGUGACAAAUGGGGACAUGAGGAUUAUCCGGAAAUAUGUGCGUGCCAGCCGCCUUUUUAUCCCCCGAGAUGGAGCCAAGCAUAUGCCGGACUGUCUGACAGUCGAGAGCCCCGGCCCAGAGAGUGCAGCACCUGCAGUCUAUGUGGGCAUCUCGUGGGUCGCCAUCCAGCAUGUGUUUAUGCGGGACAAGACCAAGGUCAACAAGGUUUCUUUCGCGGGCAACACGGAAAGCUUCGACCUGAGGGCGGAGCCUUCCAACGUCGUGGCGGAGAUCAACACAAUCUUCCAUGAAGGAUGUACUGUACUGUGCCGGGAAACAUCUCCCGGCUUAAACGAUUUGUGA